UCGCCUGCGCGACGGUUGACGCGACGUGGGCGGAUCCUUGCAGAAGGCUUGGGGAGAGCUUUGGACUCCGGCUUCCCAGACGCGCCAGGAAGUGCUGGUGUUUCCUCCUCAAGUCAGGAAUGCCUCUCUUUGGGAGUAUAUUCAGCCCAAAGAAGACCCCGCCUCGGAAGUCGGCCUCUCUCUCCAACCUGCAUUCUUUAGACCGGUCAACGCGGGAAUUGGAGCUGGGCCUUGACUAUGGAACUCCCACCAUGAACCUGGCGGGGCAAAACCUGAAGUUUGAAAAUGGCCAGUGGGUAGCAGACACAGUGAUUAGUGGAGGUGUGGAUCGUAGGGAGACUCAGCGCCUGCGCAAACGGAACCAGCAGCUGGAGGAAGAGAACAAUCUCUUGCGGCUGAAAGUGGACAUUCUGCUGGACAUGCUGUCAGAGACCACUGCCGAGUCCCACUUAAAGGACAAAGAACUGGAUGAACUGAAGAUCAUCAACCGCAGGAGGAAGUAAAGAGCCUGGACAGGCCCGCUAGAUUAGAAGUCACCACUGACCCCUGGGGAGGAGGAUGUGGCAGAGCCCUUUGAUGUUCAGUCAAAUUAAUAGACUUGCCCUGAGAGUGAGCAUUCACAGACCCUAGCUCCCUUGGACUUGGGGACAGGGAGGUGGCAUGGGAUGGAAGAAACCAAGGUUCCAAGCCAGGGCCAUAGCUUGGGAGGCACCACAGGCACACUGCCCAGGGUGUCAAUCUAAAGCAAACCCCAGGCAGGUCUAGAAAAUAGUUAGCCCUUGACUGCUGCCUGCAGGUGACAGCACACAGCUGUCCAUUGUCUCAGAGUCGCUGUGUUCAGACAGUUGGCAGUUCACCUCUUCACAUUGGGGUCUGGCACUAGUUCCAGUUCACACCAGUUCACACUUCACGAGAGGGCGCACAGUAAGUGGCUCUGCGUUCUCUGUCCCCUCCGGCCGUGUUCUCUCUGCCUUCAAAGAAUCCCCACCCCCAAGUCCACAGCCUCUUCUGCCAUCAGCUUCCCAGCAGCAACCUCUGCCCUCACAGCACAUUGUAAUUUACUCUGCUUUCUGUUUCGACUAUUUUUAUUUUUAUUAAAUGGUGUUCAAUAA